CGCCAUUUUGCAGGCGGCUGUUGCUGGGACCAUAGGCUGCGGCGGUUACUGCGGAGCCGAGGCGUGGCGGCAGGACGGGAGCCCAGCGGUCUGCAGCCAGUUUUGCUGAGAGAUGGCACUUGUGGGGCUCAUCUCUGCCUGAGAAUCGACACUGGAAGAGCUGACUCUGAUCCUGGGCUCAUUGCGUGAACAAGCCUUAACUUCCAGCCACUUCAGUCCAAAGGCCAAGCUACUCGUUUUCUCUUAAUGAUGGGUAUUGGUAAGAACACUACAUCCAAAUCCAUGGAGGCUGGAAGUUCAACUGAAGGCAAAUAUGAAGAUGAAGCGAAGCACCCGGCUUUCUUUACUCUUCCGGUGGUGAUCAAUGGAGGUGCCACGUCCAGCGGUGAACAGGACAAUGAAGACACUGAGCUCAUGGCAAUAUACACGACAGAAAAUGGCAUCGCAGAAAAGAGCUCUCUCGCUGAGACCUUGGAUAGCACAGGUAGUCUUGACCCCCAGAGAUCGGACAUGAUUUACACCAUAGAAGAUGUUCCUCCCUGGUACCUGUGCAUAUUUCUGGGGUUGCAGCAUUACCUGACGUGCUUCAGCGGCACCAUCGCGGUGCCCUUUCUGCUGGCCGAUGCCAUGUGUGUGGGAUAUGACCAGUGGGCCACCAGCCAGCUCAUCGGGACCAUUUUCUUCUGUGUGGGAAUCACAACUUUGCUGCAGACAACUUUUGGAUGCAGGUUACCCCUGUUUCAGGCCAGUGCUUUUGCAUUUCUGGCCCCUGCUCGAGCCAUCCUGUCUUUAGAUAAAUGGAAAUGUAACACCACAGAUGUUUCGGUUGCCAAUGGAACAACGGAGCUGUUACAUACAGAACACAUCUGGUAUCCUCGGAUACGCGAGAUCCAGGGAGCCAUCAUCAUGUCCUCAUUGAUAGAAGUGGUUAUCGGCCUCCUAGGCCUGCCUGGGGCUCUGCUGAAAUACAUCGGGCCCCUGACCAUCACACCCACAGUGGCCCUCAUUGGCCUCUCUGGUUUCCAGGCGGCAGGAGAGAGAGCAGGGAAGCACUGGGGCAUCGCCAUGCUGACAAUUUUCCUAGUAUUACUGUUUUCUCAAUAUGCCAGAAAUGUUAAAUUUCCUCUCCCAAUUUACAAAUCCAAGAAAGGAUGGACUGCAUACAAGUUACAGCUUUUCAAAAUGUUCCCUAUCAUCCUGGCCAUCCUUGUGUCCUGGCUGCUCUGCUUCAUCUUCACAGUAACAGAUGUCUUCCCUCCUGAUAGCACGAAGUAUGGCUUCUAUGCUCGAACUGAUGCCAGGCAGGGUGUGCUUCUGGUAGCCCCGUGGUUUAAGGUCCCAUACCCAUUUCAAUGGGGACUGCCCACCAUCUCUGCGGCUGGUGUCAUCGGCAUGCUCAGUGCGGUCGUUGCCAGUAUUAUCGAGUCUAUCGGGGACUACUACGCCUGUGCAAGGCUGUCCUGUGCCCCACCGCCCCCCAUCCAUGCAAUAAACAGGGGGAUUUUCGUGGAGGGUCUCUCCUGUGUUCUCGAUGGCAUAUUUGGUACUGGGAAUGGCUCUACUUCAUCCAGUCCCAACAUUGGAGUUUUGGGAAUUACUAAGGUUGGCAGUCGUCGGGUGAUACAGUACGGCGCAGCACUCAUGCUCGCAUUAGGCAUGAUUGGAAAGUUCAGCGCCCUCUUCGCCUCGCUCCCGGAUCCUGUGCUUGGCGCCCUCUUCUGUACUCUCUUUGGAAUGAUCACAGCUGUUGGACUCUCUAACCUGCAGUUCAUUGAUUUAAAUUCUUCCCGGAACCUCUUUGUGCUUGGAUUUUCAAUCUUCUUUGGGCUUGUCCUUCCAAGUUACCUCAGACAGAACCCUCUCGUCACAGGGAUAACAGGAAUCGAUCAAGUGUUGAAUGUUCUUCUCACAACUGCUAUGUUUGUAGGAGGCUGUGUGGCUUUUAUUUUGGAUAACACCAUCCCAGGUACUCCAGAGGAAAGGGGAAUCAGGAAAUGGAAGAAGGGCGUGGGCAAAGGGAGCAAGUCUCUUGAUGGCAUGGAAUCCUACGACUUGCCAUUUGGCAUGAACACUAUUAAAAAAUACAGAUGUUUCAGCUACUUACCCAUCAGCCCAACCUUUGCAGGCUACACAUGGAAAGGCCUCAGGAAGAGCGCUAACAGCCGGAGUUCAGAUGAAGACUCGCAGGCCACAGUAUAGCCGUAGCUCGCCCUGUGGCCCAGCCGCAGUGAGGCAUGAACCUGUAGUUCCUUGCUGAGUAACAAGCAGUAACAUGUAUGUCUGUAGAUCUGCAGUUACAUUGUCCACCCCAGAGCUAAGACAGAUUACAAGUAGCUUUUUUGUUGUGGGUUGUGAUCCUGUCUAAUAUGGUGUCUCACCUAUCUUUUUAUUUAAGCCCUUGACCCUUUGCCCUUGAGAGCAUCCAUUGCUGGCCAUGGUCACUGAAUUUGAAGUUCCUGUCCUCCCGUGGGAGUGGAUGCUUGAAGCCCACAGCGAUUCCUUGUUUUCAGUCCCCUUCUAACACCCUGUGCUAGCUUUCUUACAGGCCACCUCCAGGGUCCAGGGGCUUUCUGUGCUUGGAAGCACCAGGACCUUCACCUGCAAAGACCUCCUCUGGUCAAGGGGCACCAGUAUCCUUGCAUUGUCAAAUGAGAUUCUGUGUUCCCUGAUACUCCUGUAGGAGGUGGCUGCUGGCCAGUUGAAAACAGUGACAUGCUUACCCUAUGCCCAAAUCUGUGCAUGGGUAAAGUCUGUACAGAUAUAAUUAAAAUGGAAAUUGGGGGAUUGGACGGGAAGGGAAGGUACCUUGAAAUCAGUAUCUGAUUCUCAACUGCACUUUCUUGGUGCCACCCUGGCCCAAGCUGGGCCAGCACAUCUCAUAUUGGCCUCUUUUUUUUUUACUAGUAGCUGAGACACUCUAUCUGGCAUUUAUCACUCCUGGCUGGUGUGAUGGGUAUAGAGUGCCCAUGAGGGCACCAAGCAGGUGUUUAUGGGGGUCUUGGUUCUGCUGACAUGUGGAUGUCAGUUAUUGUUGUGUGUAUCUAUUAUUACAAGAUUUUAUUCCUAUUUAAUGUUAUUGACUAUAGAUUUUUGAAAUCAGUGUUUUUCCAUGUGACCCUCUUACCUUACAUACCUAUUACUUGUCCCUCACCUCAUAUCCCCCAUUAAGAAAGGAACCAGCAUUUGUAAAGCUGUUGACACCAUCAGGGAAGCUUGUUGUCCUGGCUCUUAAAGGCCAGUAACCAUUAUUGUGGUUGUGUUUUGUAUUGCUUGAUACCAUGAAAGUGUAAAUACAUAAUGCUUAUUAAUCUAUUUAUCAAAACUGACUACUGGACCAGAGCCCAGAAACCAUGGGUUAAGUUAUACGUGAAUUUGUUUUGUGAAGAAGGGAAGCUGGGGCAGGUGACAAACAGCCGCCAUAUUGAAUGGUGCGGCCUCCUAGUAAAUUAAUCACUGCAGUUCUGUUGCCAUUCAUAUCUGGCAGUUAAGGCUUAAGGAGACUUUCUGUGAGUUGCCAUGUUGAAUGUCCACUGGAUUUUGAUUUUGCAGAGGGGAAGAUUAGAUCCCCUGGCCAAAUGCUGCCUUUCCUCUUUAAGUUAUUGCUGAAGGUAGUAAGAAGAGCAGCUGGCAGGCCCCCUCUGUUGAAUUCUAAUUAAUAAUAUUAAAUUGUUUCUGACAAAAAUAACUUUUAUUGAAUUUGGCUUGAAAUUUGCAAUCAAAGGAAAAUCCUGAGUGACCUCGUUUCUUGAGGUAGUGCUUCUUAAGUAUUUACCUGGUUGUUUACCAGGCAGUGAGCACAUGGCUCUUGGCAGCCUUGUGUCCACAUGGUGAACUUCCUGCCCCCGCAGCUGGCUCAGCUCACCACACUGGGAUGUCUUUGGCAGCAUUAUUGUGUCACUACAGCCUCCUUGACCCCUGUAACGUUUGGGGCUUUAAGGCCUAUUCUGGCAAGAACACUUCAGAGCCACUGCAUUGUUUUGCCAAGACCUUAUUGCAGAUUAAGUAAAGAACUUAGAUUCUAAAUUUAAAUUUGUAUGGUAUGUUUUUUUUGAAGUGUAUUUGGUGCAUAUUUACUUUAGAAGCACACUGGUUAAGUGAUUUUCAUCUGUUUGACUUGGUAAGCCCUCGAGGCUGACAGCCCUAGUUGUCCCCUUAGUUGCUUAGUUCCUUCUAUUUGUAUUUUGCUCAGCAUCUCCAAUUUCUCUCCUCUGAACAAUGGGGAAAAUUGUAAAACAUCCCAGAGAUUGCAGUAUUCUAGCUCUCUAGAUGAGCAGAAGGACCAAAUAUCCAAAUGAAAGCCUCUGAACCAUUGGUAAUUCAGGAACAAGUUCCUUUCAGCUUAACUUGACCCAGGUAUCUUCCCUCCCAGUGGGUAACACUCAGGGCAUGUGCUUCAGAUGUCUAGGAACCCUCUCCCUUCUGAAAACUCUCCUGGGCUGGGCUUAUUGAGAGGUUUCAGAUCUGCUGGUCUGGGGGGAUAUUUUCCAUAAGCCUUCAAAUGUGCAAAGAAGCCCUGUGCCCACACCUCCUAUUGGAAAAAGAGGGUUUUCACCCUUCUUGUUCCAUUGGGGCCAACUUAGAUUCUCUGUCCAAGGUGGGGGAAGGGGACAGGAGAUUAAGAAGUGUCCCCUGGCCAGCAGAUAUGCUACAGAAUGAGUCUGUAGUUGAAAGAAAAAUAUAUUCAUCUGCUUCUUGUGUUUAAGCACACACCUGAAGGGGAGGUUUUGAGGGACACAGUGGCCAUGCACAGUCUGUGCCUGUGCACCUCCCACUUGCAUUGCUGGGGCCACAUACCCGCUAUGCAUUGGCCAAUAGAAUGUUUUAGGAUAUUUUGGAUGUGAAUGUCCUUGGGCAGGGCAUUCACCCUCCAAUUCCCACGUGAAUACCUACCCACCGUUUUCACAUUUACAUUGGUGAUCCUGAUGUGGAAAGUAGAAACUUAUAAAUAGGACAGUAGAUGCUACAAUAUCACUGUGGUGGCAAGGGCGAACCCACCACUGGUUUUGAUAAAAUAUCUAAAUGGUUCACAAUGGGAAGUGGCUCCAGUCUUUGUAGGCAAUUUUCAUUCUCAUUCUCACUAGGGAAUUAAACAUAGAUUAAUUGAUACAGAAUCUUUCUUAAGAUGGUUUCAAAUGUUAGAUUGUAGUAAGUUUCUUGUGAUUGAUCAAGGCAAGGGAAGUGGCUUAACCAUGGGUCCUUAUGGUUUCCCGUUUUCAUGGUAACAAAUUCACACACAGGAUUUGCUUCAUACUGUAGAAUACUGGCUUUCAUGAUGACAACCUGGUUUAUGCAUGAAUAUUACAGUAUUUCCAUAUAGUAAAAUAACAUUUCUACCCAGGAUAAUAGUCACAGUUUUCCAGGGAGGGAAUGAUAAUUUUCAUGACAAUGUCAUGUGAUGAUAGAAUUUCUCCAUUGAUGAAUCUUUCGUAUGUGUGUAUACUUUAUUUACCCAUGCGUAUAUUUUAUGACCAUGAGCUAAGUUGUUAUUUCUUUAAUUCAUGUCUCUGCUGAAAUAUUGGUACUAGCAACUUAGACUUGAAGUUGGCAACUAUAAUCUUCCAUAAUAUCGAUGCCACAAGAGUGGUCAGGCCAGAUAGGAGACGAACAAGGAGCUGUGGCGGAAGCCUCAUCCCAGAACCUGUCUGGCACAAAGAAAGGCAGCAUCCUGCACACUCACCCCCACGGCUUGGGGUGGAUGCUCAGCUGCAGGCAGCAGGCCUGGCGUGACUGUUGCUGCCCCCUGGUGUGCUCACCCAGCUGUGCCCCCUGGACACCGUGGCAGCCUGAGCUCUCACAGGGCCCACUUCUCCAGGGAGCCACUGUUGGCUUUAGGGAAACACCUGGGGCCUCACAUGCCAUGCGUGUUGUGCUCUGUCCCCUUAUGAUUUUGACACAGAGAAUAGGAUCUCCCCCACCCUCCACCCUUCCCGCAGUCACAGCUGGAGUAGUGCAAGAAGAUUGCCCGUUUUUGCCAGCGUUCAGCAUCUGCCCGUGGACCUGUGAAGCACAUUAACGCAGAGGAUCCCUUUUCAGCAGCCUCCACACAUUCCUGUCCUUUUAGUCUGUUCUUGACUGUGCCUCGUCUUCACUCUACGCUAGUAACAUCCAGCCUCCUUAGAAUUGCUCUGUGUGUGUUUCCCAACACUUAGGACACCCUUCCCAGUGGUGCCGUCUUACUGACAGCCAAGUUAAUACCCUUUUUGUUCGUUCGUAACAACCUUUGUUUGACAUGUUAAUAAAUUUCUGACUGUUCUUAAAACAGUGGGGAUGCCUAUAUUUUCCUUAAGUUUUUGUGGCUGACUUUGGCUAUAUACCUUUCUGGGAUUUUGUUUGUUUUUUAUUUUGCAUACUGAGGGUAUUUGGGGUGGGGUUGUUUUUUGAGAUGUCUAAUUCUUUUAUGGAGUUUUUAAAAAGAAUUUUCAUAUUGUUUUUCUAACAUGGCUUCAUUAAACGUUUAAGUAUUUUAAAAAUAUGUAAUAUUUGGACCAGAUGUUGUGAAUAAUAGUAGAGAUAAAGCUAUUUUAUUCUGUAUUUUUAAAACUGUUCCGUACAAAUAAAAGCUCUCCUGGACACCG